CCGAACAUUACGGUCACACAAUUUGUUAUUGUCAUGGGGCCAAUAGGCCAUUACAUUAAACUUACAGUUUAGAAUAUUUAACAAACAGUGGAAAACGUUGUGUUGAAAUUAGAUAAAUUUAAAUAAUGGUAAUGCACAUUGAAAAGCACUUUAUGUAUGCUUAUUAUUGAGUUAAAAAAAUUACGUCACAAUUUCUUUGUUUUCUAAUCUGGAAUAGGAUAAAGUUAAACGACGGGCGUAAUUUCAAGACAACUGGUUUUGUGAUUCUUAAAAGCGUUAGAUAACCCGGAAAACGCAGAGGACUGCGUGUGCACAGUGUAAUAAAAUCAAGCAACACCAUGUCGUGAAUACUGUCAGAUUACAAUCUAGACUAAGCGUCAGAUAAACCGGAAAACGCAGAGGACUGCGCGUGCACAGUGGCAUAAAAUCAAGCAACAUCAUGGUCGUGAUUACUGUCAGAUUACAAUCUAGUCUAAGAUUGGAGACUACAUAAGACUUUGACAGAUGGCGGGAAACCCUCAUGAACUGGAUAGAAGCCGGUAGAGGAAUGUCUGCGACUAAGCCGACGGCCACUGGAUAAGGGUUGUUGAUGAUUGGAGACUACAUAAGACUUUGACAGAUGGCGGGAAACCCUCAUGAACUGGAUAGAAGCCGGGGUAGAUGAUGGAAACGCAGACAGACAAAAGGAAUUCCUGGCGAUGCAAACGUUGCGGCAAAGAAGAUAUGGAGGAGCAAAUAAUGGGCCAUAUCCUUAAGCACCAUGUGGCAUUAGACCGGGUGCCAUUUAGUUGCAGUCUAUGCGGUUUCAGAUGCAACGACAAUAAAACUUUGGUCCGCCAUUUAAAGCACUACAGACGACACGUGGAGGAGGUAACCUCCCGGAAAGGCAGAAUAAGUCUAGACAAGGUUUUGCAACGGUCUGAGAACCCAUACUGGGUGAACAAGACGGACAUGGAGCCAGUACAAGGAUUAUAUGGGUGCUCCACCAUGUCUGAGUCACCAACAUCGGAGAAUGCAGGAUGCGACGAAGAAGGCUUCUUCGCGCCUCAGAAGGAGGAUGUGCUGCCAGCAUGGCUUCUCGACACUUCCACCACUCCCUCUGCUCCAGAACCUGAAGCACUCUCAACCCUACAGUCAUUUCGACGCGUGACUCCAACAAGUCAUGGUUUCGCCGACACAUCUGUCCGAGUAAGUAAAACGGCCCAAAGAAAUGUCUCUACCAUUGACAUUCUGGGUAAGGCUGCAAAAGUAAGUGGGAUGGUGCCUCCCCUGGACAUUUUGGCAAGUCCUGCCAAAAUCGGCAUACCCUCUGAUCGUACGUCCAGCAACCGUAACAGUUACGCCACACCACAAAUGGACGAAAACAUUUUGCAUGAGCUUCUUCCUGAUGAAAGUGACCGAGCUGACCCACUUUUUCAGGGCAUAGAUGAAGAUGAAGUACCCCGCAAAAGAGCCAGGGUUGAAGGGUCUUCUAGCGACGAAACGAGCCGUGAAGAUCCAAGCAAUGUUGUCACAAAUUUACAAAAUUAAACUUGAACUUUGGCAACGGAGUGCCAACCUGUUUUCCUACGGAGGGGGUAAUGAUGUGCCUUACACAUUGUUGUUCAGUUAACGAUAUGUACAUCAUAGACAUGUAGCACUCAUUGUUUUAAUGUACUUACCUGUUUACUUUAUUUCCUGAGCUAAACAUUAUCCAAUUCAUCUGAGUGUCCACAUCUCCAUUAUUUUGUUGAAAGUAACAGCGAGACAUCGGCGAGAAGGCGGUUUCAUAAACGCAUACUUGCCGAUUGAGAAUCACAUGCCAAAGAACGUUAAAUAUUUCCAUUAGAAUUGUGUCCUUUUGGCUUUUGUGUAUAUAAUACAAGGUUAUUAAAAUUAAAUGCUAUUAUAUCAUU